AUGAAUGCUACUCAAGCAAAAGACAGACUAUAUGGCCAACUUGCAGCCAAUCUCAAGAAUAUGUCGCGUGCAGUCGGGCAGACAGCAGACCUCUUUGAACAACUUCAGACAGACUUGGACGCAAUGAGAGUUCUUGCUGGUACACAUGCUGCACAAUUUAUGACCGUCGCCGCCGAACUCAGUCCCGAGUCGGAUGGGGGAGCCAGCGCAGAAGUAACAACUGGGGUGGGUACUCUGACAUUCAAAAAAAUAUCAUUAUUGAGAUCCCUCUAG